GAUAAAGAAAGUUGUAAAUUUGACAACCCAUCUUUCAGAAACUCUCUCUAAUUUAAGCAAAAAAAAUAAUAAAAGUUUGAUUUAUCAUUUAUUAUACCCCUUUCUUUUAAACUAUAGUAUAGUACAAUUAAUAUCAUAGAUGAGAAGAAAUUUCUUCCUCUUCUUCUUCUUAUUCUUCAUUUCUCUAUAUUUCUUUGAAUCACAAAGUUUUGAUUUUCUUCUUUGUUCAUGCAAGAUCCAAAGAACUCUUCACAAGCAAGGAAGGCUUGGUACCAAAAGGCAAUGGAAAUGGCUUCUCUAUGGAAAACAUUUGCCAAGCCAAGUGAAAUUCCCACAACAAAUCCAACACUAUGGAGAAGCAUAUCUAAGUCAUCAUCAAGAGAGAUAUCAAACACUAAUAAUAGAUCACAAAAGCUAAGAAGAUGCACUUCUUUAAGAGUUGCAACAUCUUUCACUAGAGUAUGUCUAUGUGCACCAAUAUCUUCCUAUAGUGAAGUGUUUCAAGUAGACCAUCAUCAUGUCGUUCCACCAAGGAAAAGUAAUUGUAGAACAAAGCCAAUGAUGAGUAGUAUUUCACAAGAAAGAAUACCAAGUGGAAGGAUGAGUUUGGAAGGGAGGAAGAUAUUUAGGGGAAAAUCAUUGAAUGAUGAUGUGUUAAUGAAGAGAUUUGUGAUUGAAGAAGAAGCAAUGAUGCAAGUAAGAAGAAGGAAUCAAAUGGAAGUUAUUAGGAGAAGAAACUCUUUGAGGAGAAGAAAAAAACUUGGGCCAAGUCCUUUAAGUAGAAUGGUUUUGGCUGAGGAAGAUUAAUUCAACUAAUUUAUUUAAUAGUAUUUACUUACUUUUGAUUAGUUUCUAUGUCCAUUUUAAAUAUAGCCAUUUGAGUAUGUUUAAUUUAACCUUCUUUCUAAUUAAAUGGGGUUAAUUGUCUCAUGGCAUUCAUGACACUUUUUGGUCAUUUGAUUCUAUGAAAAUUUCACAAUUCAACCAAAAAAAAA